CGGCCGGAGUGAGGGGCGGGCUUUCGGUGGUGCGGCCGGCUGGCAGCUAUGGCGGCCGUUCGCGGCCUGCGAGUGUCUGUGAAGGCGGAGGCCCCCGCUGGGCCGGCUUUGGGGCUUCCGUCGCCCGAGGUGGAGUCCGGUUUGGAGCGUGGCGAGCCGGAGCCCAUGGAAGUGGAAGAAGGCGAGCUGGAAAUCGUGCCGGUGCGGCGCUCCCUAAAGGAACUGCUCCCGGACACAAGCAGAAGAUAUGAAAACAAAGCUGGCAGCUUCAUCACUGGGAUCGAUGUCACCUCCAAGGAAGCAAUUGAAAAGAAAGAACAGCGAGCCAAGCGCUUCCACUUUCGAGCAGAAGUAAAUCUUGCCCAGAGAAAUGUAGCCUUGGACCGAGACAUGAUGAAGAAAGCAAUUCCCAAGGUGAGACUGGAGACAAUCUACAUUUGUGGAGUGGAUGAAAUGAGCACCCAGGAUGUCUUUUCCUACUUUAAGGAGUAUCCCCCAGCUCACAUUGAGUGGUUGGAUGACACCUCCUGCAAUGUGGUUUGGCUGGAUGAAAUGACGGCCACACGAGCUCUCAUCAAUAUGAGUUCUCUGCCAGCCCAGGAUAAGAUGAGAAGCAGAGAUGCCAAUGAAGACAAGUCAUCUGAGAAAAACAAGAAAGACAAGCAGGAAGACAGUUCAGAUGACGACGAGACUGAAGAAGGAGAAGUUGAAGAUGAGAAUUCAAGUGAUGUAGAGUUGGACACGUUGUCUCAGGUAGAAGAGGAGUCCCUGUUACGAAAUGACCUUCGUCCAGCUAACAAACUUGCUAAAGGAAAUAGACUAUUCAUGAGAUUUGCUACAAAAGAUGACAAAAAGGAACUUGGAGCAGCCAGAAGAAGUCAAUAUUACAUGAAGUAUGGAAAUCCAAAUUAUGGAGGCAUGAAAGGAAUUCUUAGCAAUUCAUGGAAGCGAAGAUAUCAUUCCCGUCGCAUUCAGCGGGAUGUGAUCAAGAAGAGAGCCCUGAUUGGGGAUGACGUUGGCUUGACGUCGUAUAAACACCGACAUUCCGGAUUAGUGAAUGUUCCUGAGGAACCCAUUGAGGAAGAGGAAGAGGAGGAGGAAGAAGAGGAGGACCAGGACAUGGAUGCCGAUGACAGAGUUGUGGUGGAGUACCAUGAGGAGCUCCCAGGUCUCAAGCAGCCCCGGGAGCGGAGCCUAUCUAGGCGAUCCAGUGCGAGCAGCUCAGACUCGGAUGAGAUGGACUAUGAUCUGGAACUGAAGAUGAUUUCUACUCCCUCCCCAAAGAAAAGCAUGAAAAUGACCAUGUAUGCAGAUGAAGUAGAGUCCCAACUGAAAAGUAUUAGGAAUCCCAUGAGGGCAGAUAGUAUAUCCACAAGCAAUAUAAAAAACCGAAUUGGUAACAAGUUGCCUCCUGAGAAAUUUGCAGAUGUCCGUCACCUCUUAGAUGAAAAGCGUCAGCAUUCCUGUCCACGUCCAGCAAUCAGCAGUACUAAACCAGAUAUUCGCCAGCGGUUAGGAAAAAGACCGUAUUCUCCAGAGAAGGCUUUUAGUAGUAACCAGGUGGUUCGGAGAGAGCCCUCUUCGGAUGUACAUAGUAGGCUAGGAGUUCCCAGGCAAGAUGUUAAAGGCCUCUACUCUGACACUCGGGAGAGGAAAUCGGGUGGUUUGUGGACUCGCUUAGGAUCUACACCCAAGACCAAAGAAAAGAGCACGAAGAAAGUGGAUCACAGGGCACCUGGUGCUGAGGAAGAUGACUCGGAGCUUCAGAGAGCGUGGGGUGCCCUGAUUAAGGAGAAAGAAGAGUCUCGUCAGAAGAAGAGCCGGCUGGAUAGCUUGCCGUCGCUGCAGAUUGAAGUCAGCCGGGAAAGUAGCUCUGGUUCAGAGGCAGAGUCCUGAUGCCCUGGCCUUGGCAUCUGCCCUUAAAUCUGACAUUCUUAUGUAGGGUGGGGCAUGCAGUAGGAGCCUCCCUUGCAGGAGAUGGCGCCCUUUCCUCCUGCCUGUACCCUGAGCACUUGCUGUCCUAGCAGGACAGCCUAAGAGUGUGAUGAGUUUUGGAGGGUGUCUCUGUCUUGUGCUGCAGAGUUACAGUUCUGGGUCCUCAAGUCUUCCCCACCACCCCACAAGCUUUACCCUUGGAGUUAAAGGCAACCGUCCAGAUUUUGUAGACGUUUUCUUAAUAUUUUUAACAUUGUGUCUUUUAAAAGAAAUGUUUUACACAGUCAUCCAAAGAGCAGAGAACUGAACUUCUCACUGUUGCCUUGGCCCUGACAGCUCUUGCCAGCACCCUUUCCCAAGAAAAGUCAGUUCUCAGGUGCUUACUGGACAGUCUUUGAGGGGGAAGAUGAGGGAAGCUGCCAGCUCAGCCUUCCAGGGCCUUAGUGUGGUGGCUAUGUCUCACAGACCUGACCUGAGACCCUCCCUGGUAGAUAUGCACACAGCAGCAAUCAGCAGUGGCUUCCAUUCCUCCCGGGGGGAGUCUUUUAGAGCCUUUUACUGGCUGGUAGCCUGGUGUAAAGAUCAAGUUCAGUGCUGUAAGACUUCUAGGGACAAACAACUGUGACUUCUGGAUUUGGAGUUGAUUUCUGUGCUUAGGGGUGGGGUCUUGGGUUGAUGUUGAACAAUUUUUAAGUCUGUAUUAUGUUUAAAAACUAUUAAUGACUUAAAAGUUUAAAUUUUUAAUUUUUAUAUGUGGAUAUUCCUCCUGUUGACUAAGGGGAAGUUCAAGUGGUGUCUUGUGUUGUUAAAUAUACAUUAUAUACUUUGGAAGAAGGCAAAGAAAGGAGUCUCAUUAUUUUGAAUGGUACCAAUUGGUCUGUUGUAAUGGAGUUCAACUUGCUUUGUGGCCGCUGUAGUCCAUCUGUGAUGGGCUCUUGUUUAUUCCCACUUUUCUAGAAAUGAUACCCUGAGAAUUCA